AUGCCGAAACACAAGCAGCCAACUCUUCUGCAAGAAAUGGCGUUCGAUUUAUUGGUAACUCAUUUUGUGGAGUAUUGCCAACAGCAGUCCAGUUACCAACAAAAUUCAAGAACACUCCGCGAAAGUAUUGUUCUGAUAAAAAAGCAGCUGUUCCCUCGACUACCGCCAAACCUUUCUAUGAUCUCGGAUUUUUGUACAAGAUUUUUCGACGCGUUUCAAGUCUCUUGCUGGAAGGGGUCAUCGGCAGUCCAUCGCACAAAUCGGGACAGCUAUAUCGCAGAAGCAUUGGAAAUGAUGAUGGAUGUUAAAAUUCUUCGACUGCAAUGUACCCAGUCACACUUAUACCAUCUGGAUCACAAUGAUUUUCACCGAUUCCAGGGGCUACAGGUACUGCAAAUCCACACUUUGUCUUCGAUCCACGUGAUGCCUGGAGUCCUGGGAUAUUUUUGUUUAGAAAACCUCACUGAACUUCACCUUCCAAAGCAGUGCACCAACCUCGACCUUAAGAUCAUUGGCUCGCGUUGUCCACUGUUGCAAGUCUUGGAUAUCAAUGACUCACCUGACGUUGACGACGAAGGAUUACGAGCCCUGCAGCCAUGCUCAGACCUACGAGUCAUUGAUUUUUGUUUCUUGAAAGUGUCAAAUGAUGGCGUGAAUGAGCUACUGUCUGCACACAAAAAACUCGAGGAGUUCAAUGUCCGCAUAACUGUGCGUCCACGUGUGUACUUGGGUUUGGACUUCGACGUGUUGUCGCGUCCAAAGACGCUAGUGUGUCCAUCUAUUAAACGCUACUGCAUCCUCAGAUUGAAACCAGUUACGAACGCGCAUUUACUUGCUAUCGUCGCUCUUUUUCCGAAUUUAAUACAUCUCAGAAUUUACGAUCAACUUGUAGGAGAUUUGCGCAUAUUACAGAAACUCGAAAGGCUGAAGGAGCUUGAUUUGAGUGAUUGUACGAGCCGUCCCCGUGCGAAUAAUCUCAGGCAACUUUUGACGGUUAAAGGUGAAAAUAUUUCGUCAUUAGGCAUGAAGAACUUAUAUCGUGUAGGCUUCUACUUGACGCAGAGUGACUUGGACUUUAUUUACAAAUUUUGUAAAAAUAUUGAGUCUUUGAAAUUUGUUUACGAACGUCAAGUCUGGAUGGACACAUUAGUAGUGCCACCUUUUCCAAAGUUGAAAAUACUGGAUGUAGAGGCAAGAAGAUUCAACAAUAACGGCUUUCCCCACCACGCAGUUAUACAAUUUGGUGAAAUGCUACAGCUUGAAAUUCUAAGAUUCGAAAACUUCGGUCCGACUAUUAAAAUAACGGAAUCUAUCAUGUUCGAUAACGUGAGAUUUCCAAAUUUGAAGAAGGUUCUAUGCGGGGAAGCUGAAAUAGACGGUGCCAGGAGGAUAAAUAAAAUUGCGAGAGAUAACAACCUCGAUUUUUCAAUGGAGUGUCAACCUUGGUUAAAGACAAAUUGGGACAGAUUGGGAUUUCUGGACACCGGCUGGAUACUGCAUUAGUUCGACGCUUCGUUACUGGAAUGAAUCGGCAUGUGGGAAAAGCGAUUUUAUAAAAAG